AGUACUACAGAUCCCAUGAAGCACCGCGGCACGAGUCAUCCGGGUAACCCAGUUGUGGGGCGGAGGGAAAAAAACAUUGACAUUUUACGGAAGGUCCACCUCUGCUCAUACGUAAGGACAUUUAAUAUAGCUCACAUAGCGCACGGAGAAAUCAUGCUGCUUCUAAAAGUGGGCCAGUCUUCUGGACUUUGUGGUGCCAUUCUGAGGAUCACACCCGGACUGAAAGGGGCUCCGGUUCAGGCUGUCGUUGCUGUGAAAAACACACGUCUUUAUGCAAGCCAAGCAGCACAGGCAGUAUUGGAGAAGCCGGCAGCAGUCAGGACCGAUUCGGCCAGUGCAGCGGACAAGAAGACGGCUACAGCUGAGUCCAAAUCUUUUGCUGUCAACAUUUUCAAAGGACAGAUUGCCACAUCUCAAGUGUUUCCCUUUCCUUCAGUGUUGAAUGAUGAGCAGGAGCAGUUUCUCCGGGAGCUUGUCGGACCCGUCUGCAAAUUCUUUGAGGAGGUGAAUGAUUCGGCCAAGAAUGAUGCAUUGGAGAAAGUGGAGGACCACACCAUGGAGGGCCUGAAAGAGAUGGGUGCCUUUGGCCUGCAGGUGCCGGCUGACCUGGGUGGGCUCGGCCUCACCAAUACUCAGUAUGCCCGCUUAGUGGAGAUUGUCGGCACUCACGAUCUUGGUGUUGGCAUCACGCUUGGUGCUCACCAGUCUAUUGGCUUCAAGGGCAUUCUGCUUUUUGGGAAUGCAGCACAGAAGAAGAAAUACCUGCCUAAACUUGCAUCAGGUGAGCACAUUGCUGCUUUUUGCCUGACUGAGCCAGCCAGUGGCUCUGAUGCCGCCUCCAUCAAAACCACAGCUGUCCAAUCCGCCUGCGGACAGUUCUUCACUCUCAAUGGCGGCAAGAUCUGGAUCAGCAAUGGGGGUCUGGCUGAAAUCUUCACAGUCUUUGCCAAGACACCCAUAAAGGAUCCGAACACUGGACAGAUGAAAGAUAAGAUCACAGCUUUUGUUGUGGAGAAGAGCUUCGGUGGUGUAACACAUGGGCCACCAGAGAAAAAGAUGGGCAUCAAGGCCUCCAACACGGCAGAGGUUUAUUUUGACAAUGUCCGUGUGCCGGCUGACUGCGUGCUGGGCGAGAUAGGCGGUGGUUUCAAGGUCGCUAUGAACAUCCUCAACAACGGGCGAUUCGGUAUGGCGGCUGCCCUCUCUGGCACCAUGAAAGGAGCCAUCAACAAAGCGGUGGACCAUGCAACCAAUAGAACUCAGUUUGGAAACAAGAUCCACACCUAUGGGACCAUCCAGGAGAAGCUGGCCCGUAUGACCAUGCUGCAAUAUGUCACAGAGUCUCUGGCCUACAUGAUCAGUGGCAAUAUGGACAGUGGAGCAACUGAGUUCCAGAUCGAAGCUGCCAUCAGCAAGAUCUUUGCCUCUGAAGCAGCUUGGACUGUGACUGAUGAGUGUAUUCAGGUCAUGGGUGGCAUGGGCUACAUGAAGGACGCUGGAGUGGAACGAGUGAUGAGAGAUCUGAGAAUUUUCCGCAUCUUUGAGGGCACCAACGAUAUCCUCAGGCUUUUUGUGGCCCUGAAUGGCUUCCAGAAUGCUGGCAACCAGUUGAAGAGCUUGCAAAAAGCAAUUAAGAACCCACUUGGCAAUGCUGGACUCCUGGCAGGAGAGCUUACAAAGAGAGCUAAAAGGAAGGCAGGCAUGAGCACGGGCUUGACACUUCAAGGGACCGUCCACCCCGAGUUGGCUCAUAGUGGUGAACUGGCUGUGAAAGCGAUUGAACAAUUUGGCAUGGUCAUCGAGGAGCUUCUUAUCAAACAUGGCAAGAAGAUUAUUGAUGAGCAGUUUGUAUUGCAGAGAGUUGCAGACUGUACCAUCGACAUUUACACCAUGGUUGUAGUCCUUUCAAGGGCUUCACGCUCACUCAGUCAGGGCCACCCCUCAGCCCAACAUGAGAAGGUUUUGUGCGAGACCUGGUGUGUGGAGGCCCAUGGUAGACUCAUGCGGGACAUCAAUGCGCUGCGUUCCAACCAAUCCAGGCAUCUUUACAAGAACUUGCGGGCCAUUUCCACAGCAGUGGUGGAGAACGGCGGGCUAGUGGCGCCUCACCCACUGGGUUUCUAAUCACUCUUCUCCGAUUGUGUCUUUUCUUUCUUUUCACCGUCAGGAUUGCAGAGCGUCACACAUCAUGUGUGGUACCUCGCCAUCAAUUUAAGCCGGUCAUGAGAUUGUUCCUAUAGCAUAUUUAUGGACACGUUCGAGCUUGAUUGUUGUGUGUUAGUGUUUGAAUGCUAGAGAUGAACUU